AGCUGCUGCAGGAGAUCCAGAAUGACGUCGACCGCACCAGGAAGGAUUUCGAGUUCUUCACGAGGCCGGCGACACGCCAGGCGCUGCAGACGGUGCUUUUCAUCUACGCCCGGCUGAACCCUGGAGUCCGGUACGUUCAGGGCAUGAACGAAGUCGCCGCAGUCCUCCUAUACGUGCUGUCCGGGGACGCGGAGAGCGCCGAGGCGGACACCUUCUGGUGCUUCAGCGAGCUCAUGGUGGAGAUCAAGGAGGGCUUCAUGCAGACCAUGGACCAGACGGCGGAGGGCGUCAAUGGCCUGGUGGAGGGCGUCACUCAAUUGCUUAGGAGCUACGACGUGGAGCUCGCACGCCACCUGAGGCAUAGCGAGCUCCCCCCGUUCGUCUGGGUGUUCCGGUGGUGCACGGUGCUUUUCGCCCAGGAGCUGACGCUGCCAGAUUGCAUCCGCCUCUGGGACUCCUUGAUCGCGGACCCGCACCGCUUCCAGUUCCUCACCCACACGGCCGUGGCGGUGGUGCUCGAGCGGCGCGAGGAGCUCCUCGGCCUCGGCAAGCAGUUCGCGCUGGCCGAGGCGCUACAAGCCGCCCCGCGGCAGUGCGACCUCGAGGCCCUGAUGCGGCGGGCGCGCGCCAUCUGCGCCUUUGAGCGGAGGUGCGACGCCCCGCGUUUCCCGCCGAGGCCGCC